AUGCCAGCACACUCGAACGGCUCGGCCAACGGUGCCGGGAGCGGCUCCACCGGAGACGCCAACCGUAUCAUUGCGAUCGUGACCGGCGCGAACAGCGGCUUCGGUCUCGGACUCUGUCACGACCUCUUGGCCAACCUCUCCGUCGGGGUGGGUCAACGCGUUCCCGCCGCGCAACCGCGUCCGACCGCCAUCGCGCCGCGUCUCCUCAACUCGGAGACGAAGGCGGGGAUAAUGCCGUCCCCUCACCCGACAUUGACGCUCAUCCUCGCCUGCCGGUCCCAACGGAACGCAGACGAGGCACGAGCCAAGAUCCUGGAACAGCAUACCCAAGAUCUCCGCAUGCGCCGGAGCGCCGGCGAGUCCAUCCCCCCUGGGUGGGAGGAGGGAUUGCGGGUCGAGUCGGAGCUCGUCGACCUCGACUGCGUUGGUGGACCCAAGGGUUUGCUUUCUUUCUGCCAGCGGAUCUCGGCCAAGUAUCCCCACGUUACAAGUCUGUUCCUCAACGCUGGGUAUGCGGCCAUUACAGAGGUCGUUAUUCCCCGCUUUAUCCUCCAGAUCCUUACCAAGGGCCUCUUGCACGCCCUCCACCACCCCAGGUAUAAUACCGAGGAGAUUGGGGCGAGGAGCGCGGACGGAGAGCGGGGGAGAGUGUGGGGCGUCAAUGUCCUCGCUCCUUAUAUUAUCGCCAAAGAGCUCGCACCAAUGCUGCGCAAGUCCCCCAAGACCCUCCCGUUCGAGCCACGUGUCGUGUACACCUCGUCAAUUGAGGCUGAGGCUGAGGCGCUCAGUGCUAACCCCAAGGACGAUUACCAGCUCCUGGAGUACACCACGAGCUACAGACCCUCAAAGUACAUGGGUGACCUUGUGAUGACGCAGCUCGACACUCAGUUGAGCCUGGACGAGCGGCCCGUCCGUUGCCUGAUAGCCGAGCCAGGGUGCGUUGCGACCAACAUUGCUGUCGCCGGCCUCGGCGCCUGGCAGUGGCUCGUCAACCUCAAGUGGAUCUGCUACUGGCUCUCGUUCUACCUCGCACACCUCCUAGGAUCGCCACACCACCCCGUAUGGGCGAGCGACGGUGCGCUGCCCAUGCUCUAUUGCGCCAUGAUCGCCAGUGCCUACAUUCUUCCAGCAAACAAGGUACCAGCUCCCAAGAUGCACGUCGUGGCACGUCGCUUCCGUGCGCCGACGGUCAAGUACGGCGAGGUGGACGAAUGGGAAUCACAUACCGAGUUGGCAGAGUUCCUCGCCGACAAGUGUGACGCGAUCCGCCUCGACUGGCGGAAACGCGAAGGCUUGGAUUAG